AACUGUAUCCUACAGUUAUAAGGACAACAGGUUUUAGUUUCCAGGCGACCCUUGGACGCUCUGGGGCAAUUGUAUCUCCAUUUUUGAUUCACAUAGAUGGAUAUUUCCCUGGUGCCAUGUACUUCAUUUGUGGAGUGAUAUUAAUUUUCUCAUCGGUUGGCAUUUUGUUCCUAACGGAGACAAAGGACAUUGUACUACAGGACUACAUUAAGCUGAAGAAUGAGGAAUGAACAAGUUAAUAAUUUCAUAGACUCGUUCUUAAUUGAUAUCCCAUUGCUAAAGGAACAGUACAAUAUAGUUAAGCAUUGUCCGGAUUUAUUUCUUGUUAAGCUGUGUUAUAUUCUAUUAUCAUCUUAUAUCUCUGUGUUGUGUGUUAAAGGCAUUUUUAUUCUGUAUGGAAGUAGAAUUAUUAAGUAGA